AUGUUGGGGCAUGUUUGCCAACUCCACUAUCACGGGGGCGGCACAGUGGCAUAUCAUGAAGAUGGGAAGUUGGCCAACAUCCCCUUCAGCGCGGGGCCAUUGCUGAAAGUUGGCCAAGCAGUGAGCUUUUCAAUCGUUGACAAAGCUGCAGUGAACGUUGACACAGCCAGCGGCACACUCGCGGAACUUACCAGCUGUACCAUGUCAGAUGACAUGCUGGUGGAACGUGCGAACUCUGCGAUGCUGUCAACUUCCUCAAGACGUGGCUCAGGACAAUCGAAAAGGCUGCAACGAGAGAUUGGAAGGUUCCGCAAUGCCACCAUGGAGGAGCAACUUGACUGGGUAUGCCAAGCUGAAGCAGAGCUGGAACAAUUGUUGGAGGACGAUGCCCUUGACGGUGAUGCUCUGUGCCACUUGGUUCGUCGCGUCGCAGCUUGGCUGCAUCAUCCAGUGGCGCAUGGGGCUGUGCAAGACCCAGCACCUUCGGGACGGAAGGAUGCCACCGGAUGCCAGUUGCAGAGCCGAAUCCGCCGUGUGCUGAUUGUGGCUUUGCAGAACCUUGAUCUCCAAGACAAGAACACCUUGAAGUGUUUGGAAAGCAGCUUGAUCUUUAUCCAGGGAUUGCUGGAUCAAGUUGAUCUUGAUGCAUUUCCAUCGACUUCGUCUGCUCGGCAUUGGCGUCAGCUUCGCUGGCUGAUCAGCGGGGCGGAUGACGUGAAGGUCGAGCAAAGUGAAGAGACAUCUGGUUCCCGCCAAAAGCGUCUACGGCUAUCUCAUGCCGAUAGCAGCGGUGUUUCGAACGGCGCAUAUCAUCCAAACAAGAAGGUCAAAGGCAAGGUCAUUGGCCAAACACUAAUCAGAUCCACCCUUCCAUAG